AUGGAUGCUUUUGCCAGUCAAGCAAUUACGCAUGGGCUAAGCGGUCCAGCCGUUGUCCGAUUUGCUAUUGCUGCGAUUAUCGUUGGCCUCAUAGCAUACGUCUGUUUCAUGAAAGGACCUGGACUGGUAGAUAUCCCCUUCACCACACCCAUUCCGAGGCCAGCAGAGGCGUUCGCAUUAGACGCAACCAACCCAAAGCUAUAUAGGCCAUUCCGCCAUGGAGUCUAUCAUGUUACUAUGGGCAUUCGACGACUGCACUGGGACAGUUGGAUUGAAAUGGACAGCAACUUCCUUAGUUAUCACGACUUAAAGGGGUCGGAGCUUAACAGGGAUCUCCAUGGGCAUGUUAAAUAUGUUGACAAUGCCACAACAAAGGCGGCCUGUUUCGAAGUCUACGAGGAGCUUGCCCAGUUUUUGAAGCACCGGUAUCCAACUGUGUUCAAGUUGAAGGACAAUCAACUAUUCAACACAGCGACUGGAGAAAUAUUCCGGUAUCCUGCUUCAACCCCUACAGAGGCCCUGGCCACGGCUGGAAAGCUGGUGCAGGAUGACCUUAUCCUGAUGGUUGAGAACGACGAUGGUCAGUACCACCUCGAUGCGGCCUGUGUCUGUCUCCCUGGGUUCUGGCGUUUGAAAGAGAAAUUCCGGAUGUCCCUGGACACACUCCAUAUCGAAGCCGGUGUUCCACACUACGAGGCAAAACUACAGAAAGCCAUGAACAAGUUUUUCAAGUCUAUGGCGCCUGAAACCCCGGUGACGAGAAACAACUAUUUUAUUCAGCUAGACGACGGGCUGCAUUGGUCUCAUCGGAUGGGAGAGCAAACUGGUGACGCCGUUGCUUCAUGGGCGACAGCAAACGGCGAUAACUUGACCAUCAAUGACCUCCAUUUCCGAUCCGAGCGGCAGACACUUCGUCGUCUUCCCCGUUCCAAAGUCCUACUUUUCACGGUUCGAACUUAUUUUGAACCAGUUACGGUGAUCGCCCAAGAGCCCCAUGUCCCAGGCCGUUUGGCGGAAUCGAUUAGAAGUUGGGAUGAGACAGUGUCGCGAUACAAGGGCAGAGAUAAGUGGGAACAUAUCCUUCUGCCGUAUCUCGAUGAGCAACACAAAAGGCAAGCUGAGAAUGGCUUGCUGGAUCAGUGCGAAGAAGGGGAAUUCCCCUUCUGA